UCUUCUUUUUUGCAGUGAUAAUGUGAUCACACCACAACAACACACUUCCAUGACCAUUCUUCGUGACAAAGUAAUAUCCUUUUUAGUCACAACAAACAACGAACUUGGGUUGUUGUUGUUGUUUUCUUUUGUGUAACCUUUUCACUCCUCUUCACCUUUUCAGUUCUUUGCCAUGUUAUUAAAACCAACAAUGCCUCCCCAUGAUUCACACUACUAACAUUCCAACAAGCUGGUUCUAAAAUCUCAAUUCCAGAACACAAGCACUCUUUCACAAUGGCCAAGGAAGCUUCUCUAUGCCUCUUGCUCCUCUCUGUUCUUAUUAUUAGCUGCUCUGGAACUCUGGUGGGGUUUUCAUAUCAUGAGACAAGAGAUACUCCAUCUACAACAUCUGCUGGAAACACAUUCUUCCAGAAAGACAAGAUCUUCCAGUCUCAGAUUUGGGUUUCUGUAAAGGAUCUCAAGAUUUUGAGCCCUCUGAGUCUGACCAACUCUGACAAGUUAGUUGAUUUCUUCUUAAAUAAAAUCCUAGUUGAAAAUGUUGUUUCUGGUGUUUCAUGGGAAAAAGCUCAUCUUGUGAGCAUUCUUCCACUAGCAGACACCAUUAGCAUAAUUGCUAGAUGUGAUGGUGGGAGUUUAGGUCAGAAUGAGAUACCUUUACUUUUUUCCACUCUGAAAUCAGUUCAUUCAGUUCUCACCAAGCUUCAAUUAAGCAGUGAAGUAAAAAUCUCGGUAGCGUUUCCGCUGUCAUUCUUAGAGAAUUUGAGUCCAAUAUAUGAAAAUGAUCUCCUUAGGGUUCUUGGGUUUAUAAAGAAAAUAAAUUCAAUUAUCAUGAUAGAAGAUAGCAUUGAUGGGGAAUUAGGCAUGGAUGUUAGCUUUGUUCAAUCUGUUAUCAAGCGAGCCUCCCUUGCUGCUUCUAUUCUUCCAUGCAAAGAUGUUCCAAUAGUUCUGACAAUCAAGAACUCAAUGAUUUCCAGUUCAUUGGAAUUAGCUCAAUUUAGUAAAACCGUAUCCAAGUAUCUUGAAGCAAACUCUCUUAUUACAAAAAGAGUAGUUGCAUUAUAUGUAGAAGCACACACAAGUGUACAGAAAGGGAUCAGAAGAGAAGAGGAAGAGAUAUUAGAGGUUAGCAAAGUCCAUAUCAGAAGAACUCUAAAAGAAGCAAGCAGCUUACCUACCCCAGUUUCCCCUAUAAAUCCAGCAUCAGGUGCAGUUAUCGCACCCCCAGAAACACCAGCCAUCAUCACAGUUCCUUCCACCAAUCCUGUCACAGUGUCUCCCACCAAUCCUACCACACCUGUUCCCUUAACCCCUACAAAUCCUGCCAAUUCUCCAGUACCGGUCACCAAUCCGGUCACAGCCCCGACUACAUUUCCUGGUGCACAACCAGUUACCAACCCUAUGGCUUCUUACCCACCCCCAUCAGGAAGUGUUCCUGGGGUAAACAACCCCCAGCCUCCUCCUCAAAACACAAAUGCUCAAGGGAGCUGGUGUGUGGCGAAGACUGGCAUUCCGGAAACAACUCUACAAUUAGCACUGGACUAUGCUUGUGGAAAGGGGACUGCAGAUUGUUCACAGAUACAGCAAGGUGGGAGUUGUUACAAUCCAAAUUCAUUACAAAACCAUGCUUCUGUUGCCUUCAAUAGCUACUACCAAAAGAAUCCUGCUCCAACAAGCUGUGACUUUGGAGGAGUAGCCACCAUAGUUACUACCAACCCGAGUUCUGGUUCUUGCAUUUAUCCAUCAUCUUCAGGAGGCGCUGGCUCAUCCGGCUCUAUUAGUGCUACCCCACCUUCAGAUUUUGGGUCCUCAAGCCCUCCUGAUUUGAGUGCCUCACAGUCAGCUGGCGUGAGACCUUUUAUUAGCUGCAUGGUUCUGGUGAUGUCAUUGGUGAGUGGAAGACUCAUUACGAGCAUUUAGAUAAGUUUUCCACACUAAUCAACUGAGAAGCUCAAAACCUUAACUACGCGUAGCUGUUGCAUUGUAACACUACAAGCAGUAUGCAAGUCUGCAGGUGCAGAAAGACAGUGGAGUAGAAGAGAGAGUAGUAGUAGUACUUGAUGAUGACAUACAUAUAAGAAUCUGUUAUAAGCUAUAGCUUAAGUAUGUAUUGAAGGUAAGAGAACUACACCUCUGGCUUCUAGGAUAUAAACACUAAACAGGUUCUGGUUAUGGUAAAGUUUAGGCACUAGACUACUAGAGUAGUUUAGGACUUUAUGUUGUGCAGGGUAUAGGGGAUUGUUAUUCAGCAAAGUAAUUCAUGUAGAUAGGGUUCAAAUCAAUGAAACAUAUAGGUUUUAAAUUUAUGACAGUGAGAUUGGUUGCGGCAGCAACAUCACUGUUUUGAAGA